AGUUUGACCUGUCACCCCAGUGAUGAGAGUGCCCGGAUGCGGAGCUGCUCUGUGGCCACUUAGAGUUGCUGAAUGAGGGAGAAAAUGCCACUUCCCGUUCAAGUGUUAAAUUUUCAGGGAGCAGUGGAACCAAUGCAGAUAGAUGCUGACCCUCAGGAUGAUCAGCAGAAUGCACCUGACACGAACUACGUGGUGGAAAAUCCCACACUGGAUCUGGAACAAUAUGCGGCCAGUUACAGUGGUUUGAUGCGAAUUGAGAGGCUUUUGUUUAUUGCAGAGCACUGUCCGCAGCUACGCAUUGAAGCCCUGAAGAUGGCACUGUCUUUUGUUCAAAGAACAUUUAAUGUAGAUAUGUAUGAAGAAAUCCAUCGCAAGUUGACAGAAGCCACAAGGGAAACUCAGUGUGUACCAGAUACAGUGCCUGAAUCAGGUCUGGAGCCCCCUACACUGGACACAGCUUGGGCAGAGUCUACACGGAAGAAAGCUUUACUGAAACUGGAGAAAUUAGAUACAGAUUUAAAGAACUACAAGGGAAAUUCUAUCAAAGAAAGCAUCAGGAGAGGGCAUGAUGACCUCGGUGAUCACUACCUAGACUGUGGGGAUCUUAGUAAUGCACUGAAAUGUUACUCACGAGCCAGAGACUAUUGCACAAGUGCAAAGCACGUCAUCAACAUGUGUUUGAAUGUCAUCAAGGUCAGUAUCUACCUCCAAAAUUGGUCCCAUGUUCUCAGUUAUGUAAGCAAAGCAGAAUCUACACCAGAGAUUGCAGAGCAAAGAGGUGAGAGGGACAGUCAGAAUCAAGCCGUGCUGACCAAGUUGAAAUGUGCAGCAGGCUUAGCCGAGUUAGCAACACGAAAAUACAAGCAAGCAGCCAAAUGCUUCUUACUGGCUUCUUUUGAUCACUGUGACUUCCCUGAGCUGCUGUCUCCCAGCAAUGUAGCAGUUUAUGGAGGACUUUGUGCACUGGCCACUUUUGAUAGGCAAGAACUUCAAAGGAAUGUCAUCUCCAGCAGCUCUUUUAAGUUAUUUCUUGAAUUGGAGCCACAAGUGCGAGAUAUCAUCUUCAAGUUUUAUGAGUCAAAAUAUGCUUCCUGUUUGAAAAUGCUAGAUGAAAUGAAGGACAACCUUCUGCUGGAUAUGUACCUAGCUCCACAUGUCAAGACGCUCUACACUCAAAUCAGGAACAGAGCCCUUAUUCAGUAUUUCAGCCCAUAUGUUUCUGCUGACAUGAACAAGAUGGCUAUUUCUUUCAACACCACAGUUGGUGCACUAGAGGAUGAGCUGACACACCUUAUCCUGGAAGGAUUAAUCAAUGGUAGAAUUGAUUCACAUAGCAAGAUUCUGUAUGCCAGAGACGUAGAUCAACGCAGCACAACAUUUGAAAAGUCUUUGCAGAUGGGCAAAGAGUUCCAAAGAAGAGCAAAAGCCAUGAUACUCCGAGCUGCUAUUCUGCGCAAUCAAAUCCACGUUAAGUCCCCUCCAAGAGAAGGAAGCCAAGGUGAACUUAAUUCUGCAAACAGUCAAACUCGAAUGAGCACCAACAUGUAAAGAAAUAAAGACCCUGUUAAAGAAGAACCAGUGCUGUGUGCUUUGCCUUCCACAGUUCUUCAACAAAGAACUGUUUUUUUGGCUUUAAAGAAAUUCAAACAAUUGUAGAAGUGAACCUCUAUCCUGCUGUUUUUGGGGGCACGAAGGAAGUUUUGUUGUUUAAGUUAAACAAAAAAACCCUUUGGAUUAAAGAAGAUGACAAACCGUGUGCUACAGGAUCUGAAUCUUUACUUAAAAACAUUUUUUAAUUAUUUUCAGGAUCCUAAUUGUGAUAUGUGGGAGAGCGCUCUGAACAGCUGAAUGGCAAGGUUUUAGUUUCUACAAAACUGUGAAAAGAGUGUUGGAAUUAAUAAAUAGAGGAUAUUGUACCAGAGAAUAUUACUGUUAGUUCAAGAGUGGUAAAAGCCCAUGACUAUGGAAUAGAACAAAUAAGAGCAGGUUAUGGGAGUCUCUUGCACAUGUAAAAGCAGUGACGAUCAUUGGUGCAAUAUUCUAUUCAUUCUAGAGGCAUUGUUGAAAAGUACUUUUAAAGAUUUGUCAUAAUGUAAAAUAAUAAUUGCAUUGUUUUAUUAAAGUUCUUGGUUCAAUUUUUUACUUUAUUCUUUUCAGUUGUCACAUUUUUCUUUCAGCCAAGGCUAUGCCAUAAAUUCUUAAGGCAUUUUGUGCUGCUUUGAAAUUGGUGGAUGAAGUAUGUAUUUGCAUAGUUAGACUUGAAGUUCAAUUCCUUUAUUGUUUAUAUUCUCCCCUCUUCCCAGUACCACCCUGGCAGCCCACAGUUACCGUAGCCUAUUGAGAAUUAAUAUGCCAAGUUCAAGCAUUGCCUGAGCUAGCAUUCAAAUGUAAAACAUUAUCGUAUUCCAAUAAUUAACUAUUGUAGUAUCAGUUGUGUCCUGAAAUGACAGUUUGAAUUUCAUUGACUAGGAGUUAAUAAUACUUUACAACAAUGCCUAUGGAGAGGAAUGUUCUAGUUUGUCAUUAUCCACGUUUUUGACUGGUGUUUCUAAUUUUCCCAUGAAAAUGUAUGAUGUCAUAGUUGAUGAUCAGUAAUUAGUUGUUCGAUUGCUGCAGUAAUUGUUGGCUCAAUCUUAAGAGUAUUAAAAAAAAAGAAUAUGAAUUCAUCAUUAGUUUAAACUUUAAUGCUCUGUAUGUAUGAUACAAAUUCUUCAACUCUGGCAUCACUCCCAAGUAACAUUCAAAAUAAAAGUAUGGUUUAUUUUAUUUAAUAAAAGAAAAUUUAAUUACAAUUUUUCAAUAGUAGUAAAACACAAAAAUAGAAAUAUACAGAUUAUAUGGAGUGAGUGUCUUACUAUUAGCAGCGCGUUACAGGUUUUUUUUUACAAUUGUGACAGAUGAUAACAUGAGAGUUCUGGUGGGAUUUUGAGUUUCUUUAACGCAAGUAAACUCUUGGAAUUCAUUGUUACAUAUGAGAAAUGUGGUUUCUUCUUUGGGUGUGCUUAGCCUUGUGGAAUCUCAUGCUUUUCAAACUACUCUUGAAGCACUACAAUAGCAAAUAAUUAUUUUCAGUUUAGAACGAUGUGAAUUAUCUUUGGAACACAAUAAGCCCGUCACCAGCAGGGAGGAAAGCUGUGUCCCCUGAGCUUUUAACAGUUCUGUUUAUGGGCUAUACAGUGACUAGUUUCACAUUUUUGUUCCUGUAUGUUUUUUUUUAAUUGCCAUGAGGACAGGCUCAUUGUCGUGUCAGAAUAAAGGAAAUGAUGUUUGUUAAUCUUUAAUACAUUGCACAUCAACGAUACAAUGUUUCCUGCACUAAUUUAGAAACAUUUUAUAAUUAUACAUAAAACAUUAAACAGUUAUUGAGACCUAUUUACCACUUCUAAAUCUAAAUAGUUUUAAUUAAGUUUAAUUGUCCAAAAAACUGGACAAAGGGGCAAAUAUAUCCCCUUUAACAAUUAUCUUGAUGUUUUCCAGCUAUUCAGUUAUAAGUACAGUUGCUAGACUGAGUAAUGGAUAAAGUACUGUUUUGCUUUCCUCCCACUGAGUCAGAAAAGAAAUAAAGUUCUCACCUCUUGCAUGUAGGAAUGUUAUAGUGCCAUUCUUGGACUUAAAUUGAUCCCUCCUCAGAUAGGAAAUUGAAGUGGCUUUCUUAUUCCAUUCAGCUAACUUUAUAGUUAAUGUCAAGUUGUACAAUCUAUACAGUGUCAAUUGACAAAAGUCUAAAUUUAAACUCAAUAGAGUAAAUUUUAAAUUCUGUUACAAGUAUUUGAGUUGAUUGUGGCAAGCAGAAGUUCUUCACUGCACAAAGAUAUAAUUAAAUCCUAUGUGAUUUUGGAUGUAUAUUUAACAUACAGAUGAAUGUCCUGUUGACAAGCCAAGAAAUGAUUUGAAAGAUGAGCAGAAAUGCAUUACUAAGACAGAAUUGUUUCAUUUGAGGGUUUCUAUUUUGUUGACAGCACAGAAACAUCAGCUAAUUUGCAAUUAAUUGAGUAAAAAAACUACUUGAGGCUUCUUGCAAAACUACUAAAAUCAGGCCCACCUCUUUUUUUAAAAUUUAACAUAGGACCUUCAAGUAUUUGGUACGAUUUUCAUUAUAUUUUCUUAUAUUAGUGCAUGAUAUUUAAAAUGUAUGAGUGUUUACAUUGAGAGUAUUUUGAAUUUGUUUUUAAACAGAUCAAGCAAAUAUAAAACCAGAUUUACCUCACUAUCACGUGUUUAUCCUUUGUCCCAGUCUUUCCAUUACUCACCCUGUAGGUGUUAUGGUAUACCAUUCUCAGAUUUCACCUUCCCUGCGUGGAAUAUGCUGGGGCAUACAUUGUUUUAAUGAACAUUUGGUAAGUUUUAGUGAACCAAGCACUCUACCAGGUUCACAAUUUUAAAAUUUCCUAAUAGAAAACUACUAUUAAUGCAUUUUGUAAAUUCAAAGACAAUAUGUUUCUAGUCAUGCAUUCCUGUUAAUUUAUUGGUUCAGCACUGCAGUUUCCAUGAUUAUGGCAGAAAGUUCUUUUAAAAUCUUUCAUUAAAUUUCAGUAUACAAGGAAUUAUUCAUCAAAAGUCUUACUAAUAUUUGACUGGACUGGAUUUCCUGAUAUUGAAACUUGAAUAAAAAUGUGAAAAUGGAUAUUUAACAAAAUGACCAAAUAAAUCUUGCAGGAACUAAUUGGCCCUGUAAAAGAAAAUGUAUACUUACCCCCCAACUAAAUAAAAAGGCUACUUAUCAAAAGGAUUAUAUUAUUCUAUUUGAUGACUCUAUAUGUUUUGAAGAUAUCAGUAGUGGAGAGGGCUAAGAAAUUUCGGAGAAGCCCUGAAAAAAGUGAUUCUUUUGCUAGUGUUAGUGAACUAAACGGAAUCAACAUUCUUGCUUAUUAAUUCUCACAUAUCUCCAAUUAAGAAAAGAUGAAUCAGCUUGCUUCAGAAUAUUUUAAAAUUUAAAUCUCUUUAAUCGUAACUCAAUACAUUUUCACAUACCCAUUUUUUGUAGCUGUGAAGAUGUGCUUAUUGGCCAUUCAUUAGACCUGAGUAGGUCAUUAUUUUAUGCAAGUUUGUUUUUCACCAUUACAAAGACCAUUUUUCUCUAUUAUGUGCACUAAAAGUUUAGGAUUGCAGACAUUGUAAACUGCUGCUGUUUUGAUCCAGUUGAACAUAUAUAAAGUUUGCCAGCUUGGACCUAACAUUGAUAUAACACAUCACCAGCUAAAUGGUGAUUAGUAAUGAUCAGCAGAAGUCACAGGCACCAGUAAUCCAUGUUCCUAGAUCUUUGAAAUGUAAGGGGCUGAUAUAAGACUUCAAAAAGCUUUUCUACAUAAAGCAUGCUGGUACAUAGGAGCCUAUACUGUCCAAGUGCUGCUACAUCUCUCUUUAUCAACAUUUCUAGUGGCAUACCAUUCUGGUGCAUGUUCUACCUCCAUUUGGAUUCCCAAAAUUCAUCACCUCAAGCCUAAUGGGAUUACAUUCCAGCUGUCAAGGAUCUGCCAAAUUUUUCAUUAGAUUUAUACCCUCCUAUACCUUAAACAACAUUCCUUACUGCCAACAACUUUUCUGUCACCUGUAAACCUACCCAACAUAUCUUUUAAUGUCCUAAGAUUUAAACUAACAAACUGCAGAAGAUGUGUUUGUUCCUUUCUGUAAAUGUCAAAUUUAUGAACAUUGGAGUUUGUCAAUGAAAUUGAAAUUUCAAAUUAGAAUGAAAUGUACAACCUAAGAACACAGAUUUUGUUUUAAACUUUUAUAAAUUAUGUACAUUCAGUUCAACUGUCAUUGCUUUUUUUAAUCUGUUAGGUUUACACAAAUUAGGCUUAGGGUGAAUGCAUGGAAUAAAUUCACAAGAAAAUCACAGUUGGUUAUGAAACUAUUGUGGGUUUAUUUAUGUUGGUGACAAAUGUUAUCAGGCAAUAUAAAUACU